AUGGGUCAUUCACGUGCUGGCGAAGCUAUUGUCAUUGCACAAGUAUUCAAUAAAUUAAAAUUCUUGACUGAUUAUCCCGGAGGUGUUUCAUUCACGGAUUACGAGUUUGGUAUCAAGGCACUAUUUUCUAUUGGUGGUACAGACGAUGGUUACAUGCCACUCGGACAUAGUCUUAUAUCAGAGGACGUCACGAUGUUUGGCAUUCAUGGAAUAUAUGAUGGAGAUCUAUCAUCAUUUUUCUUUCAAGCAAAAUUAAGAUAUUUACGAUUUACAUCGAAUAGUAGUCAAUACAAUUUCAAAGCGUCUGUGUAUGUUCAUCAAGCAAAUCAUGGACAAUUCAAUAGAGAUUGGGGACGAUUUGAUCUCAUUCCAGGUGCAAGUCGUUUUAUGAAUGUUCGCCAUUAUUAA